AUGGCGUCCAUGUUCGAGCAGCCCCGCAACGGCACCCUGUUCCUCGGCGGCCAGAAGAUCUCCGGCGCAGAUAUUCGUGAUCAGAACGUUUCCGCCACGCAAGCGAUCGCAAAUGUCGUCAAGAGCUCGUUCGGCCCCAGCGGCCUGGACAAGAUGAUGGUGGACGAGAUUGGAGACGUCACAGUAACCAACGAUGGUGCUACUAUUCUCAGCCUUCUCGAUGUCGAGGACCCUGCAGGGAAGAUUCUGGUCGACCUGGCCCAGCAACAGGACAGGGAAGUCGGUGACGGCACCACCUCCGUCGUGCUUAUCGCUGCCGAACUCCUACGUCGAGGAAACGAACUCAUGAAGAACCGCAUUCAUCCCACCACAAUCAUCACCGGUUACCGCCUUGCGCUCCGCGAAGCUGUCAGGUACUUGAACGAGAACGUCAGCAUCAAGGUCGAGAACCUCGGUCGUGAAUCGCUCCUACAGAUUGCCAAGACCUCCAUGUCCAGCAAAAUUAUUGGUGCCGACGAUGAUUUCUUUGCCGAGAUGGCCGUCGAUGCCAUCAAGGCUGUCCAGUCCACGAACAACAAGAACGAGUCCAAAUACCCCGUCAAAGCUGUCAACAUUCUCAAGGCCCACGGAAAGGGCGUCCGCGAAUCCGUACUUGUCAAGGGCUAUGCUCUCAACUGCACCGUAGCCUCCCAGGCUAUGCCUACACGCAUCAAGGAUGCCAAGAUCGCCAUCUUGGAUAUGAACCUACAAAAGGAGAAGAUGAAGCUGGGUGUCCAAGUGGUUGUCGACGAUCCUCAGCAGCUGGAGCAGAUCCGCGCUCGUGAGGCCGGUAUGAUUCUCGAGCGAGUUGAGCUCAUGUUCAAGGCCGGUGCCAAUGUCGUCCUCACCACAAAGGGUAUUGACGACCUAAUUCUGAAGACGUUUGUCGAGCGAGGUGCUAUGGGUGUCCGACGAUGCAAGAAGGAGGACCUGAGGAGAAUCGCCAAGGCUACCGGUGCCACCAUGCUGAGCACAUUCUCCGACCUAAAUGGUGACGAGAAGUUCGACCCCUCAUACCUGGGAUAUGCCGAAGAGGUUGUGCAGGAGCGUAUCUCAGAUGACGAGUGCAUUCUUGUCAAGGGAACCAAGCAACACUCUUCUGCUUCCAUCAUCCUGCGAGGGCCUAACGACUACACUCUGGAUGAGAUGGAGCGCUCGAUGCACGACAGUUUAUUCGCUGUGAAGAGAACGCUCGAGAGCGGCAGCAUCGUGCCUGGCGGAGGAGCUGUUGAGACUGCCCUGCACAUCUACCUGGAGGAAUUCGCUGGAACUGUUGGCUCUCGCGAGCAGUUGGCCAUUGGCGAAUUCGCCCAGUCUCUUCUCAUUAUCCCCAAGACUCUAGCUGUGAACGCCGCCAAGGACUCCGCAGAGCUUGUUGCUCAGCUUCGCUCGAGACAUGCUCUCUCUCAGCGCAUCCAGGAGGGUGAUGCCAAUGAGAACGAGAAGACCAUUGCUCACAAGAAGGGCUACAAGAACUACGGCCUUGACCUGAUGCGCGGCAAGGUGGUUGACGAGCUCAAGAUUGGUGUUUUGGAGCCCAGCAUGAGCAAGGUACGGCAGCUCAAGAGUGCCGUCGAGGCCUGCAUCAGCAUCAUGCGUAUUGAUACCCUCAUCAAGCUGGAUCCUGAGCAACAAGAGGACGAUGGUCAUGGACAUUAA